AUGAUGGAGGGCAAAGGGGUGUACAAAUGGUCUAAUGGCGCCCAAUAUAAAGGAGAAUUCGAACGAAACCGUAUGCACGGUUGGGGCUUGCUGGAAUGGAACAGUAACCGUUGGUACGAGGGCGAUUUCGCGAAUGGUUAUCAACAUGGCAAAGGAUUGCUAGUAGAUAGCGACAAACACUUUAUGUACACUGGCCAAUGGUUCGAGGGUCACAAACACGGGAGUGGUUAUUGUCGUUACGAAGAUAAAGGUUCGUACGACGGUGAUUGGGUGAUGGACAAAAUGUGUGGGUUCGGAUUACGAAUUUAUGCAAGUGGUGCUCGUUAUGCGGGUCAAUGGAAAAAUGGAGUUCGGCAUGGUAUUGGAACUAUGGUUUGGGCCAACGGAGACGUUUAUCGUGGAGAAUGGAGAAACGGUGAAAUGAAUGGUUAUGGAAUAUACGUGUGGAACGCAUUUUUUAAUAAAACAUUCACUUGGCCCCAGGAGACUACGUAUAUAGGUUACUGGCGAAACGGAUUGCGUUCUGGCGAAGGAACGUUAAAGUUAAGCACAGUCGGUGGUGCUAAAUACUCCGGUUAUUGGAAGAGUAAUAAAAAGCAUGGUCACGGAACCAUAAUAGGGAAUAACGGAGAAAAGAUGGAAGCCGAUCCAUUAUUUCUCGAUGAUAUUUUGGUUUCAUCGGACAAUGCAGACGGUAUUAGCCAAGAACAAUUAGCAACCACUAGUAAUCAAUGUGUACGUACACCAAAGGAAGAUAAACCUGUAUUUGUUGAGAAACCAAGUAAAUUAAGAAUAGCUCCGAUAACUCCAGUUUUAAAACCGGAACAGUUUCCGUCUCUGUCCUACUACCUUACGCGAUUACUGGAUCCAAAAAGUUUGGAAGGUCCAUUAAUUCGUUCAGUGCCAUCAGGAAAAUGUUACUCUUGUGAAAACCAAUCUUGUUCCUGUCUGACACGAUCAUCUAACGAUAUAAUUAAGAGCGAAGAGAAGAUUGAUAGGAAAUUGGAAAAAGACAGUGCUCUAGCAUCUGAACGAGAGUACGAAGAGCGUUGGGUAUACAAUUGUUUGACAAUGCAUAUGUCCCGCCUGAGACAGAUUUAUGCAAAUGCCGCAAAAAUAUUUGCACCCUCAACGAUGGAAUGUAAACUUGUCAUGAGCAGAAUGUGUUUAUGGCAGUUGUGGCGGGAUUGUAAAAUUACUAAGAAAGGUUUAAGUCUGAUAGAAAUUGACAAUUACAUUGCAAUGAAUAAGUUCACCAUCGUCAAUGAUCCACACGAUCCAUUCGAAAAAAUUGAAAUAUGGCAAUUUCUACAUGCAUUGAUAGAAGUUUCGUGGCAUUUGUACACAAAACAGAAUAAUAUACAUACCCAGGACAUGAAUGGAAAACUGGCUGGUGGUUUGCAUAUAUUUUUGGAAAACGAUGUAUAUCCUCAUGUUGGAAAUCAUGUCGGCAGUUUAUGUCGCGAAUACCUAAAUUUAUUGCCUAUGAAAGCCGUAUUCAAAAUGUGUCAAAACAUUGGAUAUCCAUGUGCGGUGAAAGAUCUUCUACGAGCCGUGUAUUGUCCGGAAGGUACGCAAUAUUCGAAAUCUUCCUCGACGGGUGACGAAAUGGGGAAGCAUCGUCCGGUUGGUAUCAAUGCUGUGACAAUAGGUGAAAAUAUGCGUUACCUGACAGAAGGGAAUGACAUAUUUUCGUCACCGCAUCAUGAAUGUAAUACAUCAAAACAUCAUGCAGAUGACGGAUUGUUCAUUUUCAAACAGUUAAGAGCUACGAAAACGUUAGAAAUUAUAUCGUUGAUAUGCGUUGGUGUUAAAGAUUCAGAUAGCGGCAUAAUCAUCAACAUCGAUUACGAGGUAUAA